AAGUCUCGUAUUACCGUUUCCAAUAACAUUCUUAGGUAGUGUAAUUAGCUUAUCAAAAUGCCGGCCCUCCAAUUCGCCAAAUUUGGCGCGGCAGAACUUCACCCCGCCGCGAAUUGGGCGAACGCAAUUCUGGUAAUUGAGUGAAAGAUUGAGGCCUAGUAAUAAAAAUAAAAUAAAAAAGAGCUAUCAAGAAAAAUAAAUAACAAUCUGACAGUGAGAUAAACGAAGUUCGUCGUGCCGGCUGUGCUUUGUAAUUGGCAUUCGAUUGUUGUUGAAUGUGCGAGACAUUUAGUCGCCCGUCCCGGUGGAUUAAAAUUAUUUUAACUACUUUUGAAUUAUAUUCUUUUUUAAAUUCUAUUUAGUGAAUCGUGAAUAUUUGCGAUUUAUUUUAUUAAAUUAAUCGACAUUAAUUGCUGACUAAAUCUAGCGUAUUUUGCUUAUCAAUAUCUUAGAAUAAACGUUGUGUUUUGACAUUUAUCUUAUUUGUUCCACCAUUUAUCGUUUGCUGGUUGGACAUUCUAAAAAUGAAUUAUAGAAAUUUAAAAAUUGGAUAUUUCUUCAAAUCGAAUAUAGUACUUUUAGUGUGAAUCGUUUGCAGCGAUUGAGACUUGUUAUAACUUUUACAAUUUAAGAGAUAAAAGAUUGAAAUAUUCUCUUAAGAAUUUGACAGUACCUGGACAUUAAACUGGACAUCUUAGUCCACAGCAUGAUGCCUCUGGCACCCUUACCUGUAGUACCUGUACCAUCAAAACCCAAAAUGGGUUUUAGUAUUGAAGCAUUAGUUGGGAAAGAGCGUGAUCAGCAUAUGACUAAUGAUAAGUCAUCACCACCCCGUUGUGAAUCAGCCGAAGACCACCUGAACAACGGCCGGUCAUCUUAUAGUCCUAGACACCAAAGGUCCGAACAUCCUGUGGCUGCACCAGUAGCCACUUUCCCUGCUACUGCGCCCGGGGGUGUACCGGGGGCGUCCGGCAGCCUGGUAGCAGCGGCAGCUAAUGCGGCUUUUCUGGACUCUCUGUGCGGCAGUAGAACGGGAGGCGGUGUGCUAUACCCACCGCAUCAUCAUCAACAUGAACACCCUGGGGGCUAUGCAGCAAUACCUGGGGCGUGCGCCCCGGUAUCGCCCUUUUUCCUAGGGAGAGAGACUUAUCCUUUGUAUCCCUGGCUUCUGGCCCGGCACCCAAGGUUCCUGGCUCAUAGGUUACCGGGUCCCGACGGAGCCGGUUUUCUUUUACAUCCUUUUAGAAAGCCAAAAAGAAUACGAACUGCAUUUUCACCUUCACAGCUUUUGAAAUUGGAGCACGCAUUCGAAAAAAACCAUUAUGUUGUUGGAGCUGAAAGAAAACAGUUGGCACAAAGUUUAAGCCUCACAGAAACACAAGUGAAAGUUUGGUUUCAAAAUAGACGGACGAAACACAAACGACAGAAGCAGGAAGAAGAACAAAGUACUCGCCAAUCUGAUCACAAAUCCUCGUCUUCAAAUGCAUCCAGUGAAUCGAAGAAUCAUCAUCCUCACACCGGUGGCCAUGAAUAUUCUAACAAACAUGCAUGGCAAAAUGGCGAUGAAAUGCCAUCUUCUCCUUUGUCUGAUGACGGCUCAAUGGUUGAGAUUGAGAGUGGGCCAGAAUCACCAGAAAUGACGGCACUACCAACAUGAACUUCUACAUGAUAAUGCAGUUGCACACUCAUAUCCUUGUAUAAAAAAGAGACAAUGAUACUAUAUGGUGAAAUAUUUGAUUCGCGGUGCGAAAUUUCCCGGUCGAGGACAUAGUUUAUUGAUUUGGGGAGAAAAAAAAUAUUUAUUGUACUUCAUUUGUUUCAUUGAGUAAGAAAUUGCUGCGAAGUAUCGUUUUCAAGUUCGGAUCUGAUUAAAGCCCAGCUAAUCCAGGGUUUUAGAUCCAGGACCAAGGAAAUGAAAUCAAGUGAAAAUCCAUGAUGGAUAAAUAACAUACUACAUGAUUACCUUAAAUUCAAAAUUAAAAGAUUUCAGAAUUAUUUUUGAAGUUUGCGAAAGCAUUAAAAAAAAUUUCAGAAAUAUUUUUCAAUUUUGUUGAAGCAGUAAAAUGAAUUUCGAAAAUAUUUUACAAGUUUGCACAAACACAAAAAUUUGCUUUUACAAAAGUGUUGCAAGUUAUCUGAAACACUAAUAUGAAUUUCAAAAAUAUUUUUUCACUAUUAAAGUGAAUUCCAGAAACAUUUUAAAAGUUUGCUCAUCCACUAAAGUCUUUUUCAGAAAUGUUUUGCAAGUUUGUUCAUACAUUAAAGUGAAUUCCAACAAUAUUUCACAAUUUCGCUCAAAAACUUAAAUGAAUUUAAUGUAUUUCAGAAAUAACUUGCUAGUUUGCUCAAGCACUAAAAGGAAUUUUAGAAAUAUUUUGCAAAUUUGCUUGAACACUAGAAGAUGUUUCAAAAAUAUUUUGCAGCCUUGCACAAACACUGAAGUAAAAUAUUAGGCAAAAAAAAUGGGCUUUAAAGAUAGUUUAGAAUAAUAUUGUUAUUCUUUGUCACACAGCUGAUUUCUUUUACACUGAUGCUAAGACAAAAGGAAAAUAUCGAACUUGUGGAAUAAAUAUCUCUAAGACUAGAAACGGUUGUGAUGCAAUUUGUUCUUUAUUUAAUAUAGUUUGCUAAAUAUUUUGUAACUUUUUUUAGUUACUUCGAUAAGAUAAAUAAUAUUUAUGCACCAUACAAUUAUACAUAUUUUCUACAGAUGUAUAUUAAUAAAAUUCUAAUAAGGAAUUGACUUGUUAAGACUACCUCAUAACUUUUAGGCGAAAAAGCAAAUUUUAUUCUUUAUUAACCAUCGACAAAAUGGGUGCUGUUUUGGGUCUGACGGCGCGCGCAUCUUAUUUGGACGUCAUGGCACUUUUCAACUGUGCUCAAGAGUAAUAGUUAACAGUGCACAUGCGUCGUCAUUGUAUGCGUUGCUAUAGUGACAGCUGCUGUUUGAUAAUUUUUUUAGAAUUCUUUUUUUUUUUCACUUUUAAUUUUGUUAAGUUGGUGAGUUUAUUUUUGAGAUAUGGGACCAGAGAGAUCCCAUAAAUACUUCUUGAGUUGUUUCGUCAUUUGAACGAUAUUUUUGUUUUUAUUAUUUUAAUUAAGAAUCAGAAAUUCUAACCUACAGAUCAAACUGAAUCGUUCUCAAUUCUAAUUCAGGUGAAUAUCACGAAUAAAGAGGGUAAAAAAAUUAGACAACAACCAUUUUGCAACAAAUUUUAUUUUUUUUCUGGAAGACGAUAAAUAUCUAUGUUAUAUUACACAAGUCUAUAUUGGUCGUUCUAAUUUAAGCAAAGGUACAGUUUUCUAAACAAUAAUUUUAACACAUUAUUUUACUUACACUUGCAGAAAAUGCAAAUUUUCGGAAAAAGUUCGUAGCAGUUUCUUGCCCUACGAUGAAAAUAAAAACUGGCAUAGAGAAGGGGCUUUCAUGAGACAAUGAGACUAUGCAACUCACAGUGGCAAAUAAAAAUACAGGAGAUUGAUGUAUAAGCUUUCAUAACGUAUAUGCCACAGAAUCCCUCAUUUAUGACCUGUAUAAGUGCAGGAUUACGACGUAAAUGUAGGAAGACAGUGUACGCUGUUCAGUUAAAGCACUUCAAACAAAUUGCCGCGCAUUCAUAUUUUUUUUCCAUGUUUCAUAAAUUAUUUAUAAUUGUGUUGUUUGCGAUGAGGUUAAAAAAAAUACAUUGUAUAAAACUUGACACCAUCCAUUGACAUUAAUUAAGGAUGUAGAAAUACAAUAUUGUAAGUUUUACUCUUUAUUUUCAAAUUGUUUUCCAUGCCAAAUAAAUAUGUAAAUUAAUUGUA